AUGAUGCUUGGUGCAAAGCCUUUAGCUGACCGGGUAUCUUAUUGCAGCUAUCUCAACCAACCUUCCCACAAGAAGCUUCAAAAAUCGGGCGUGAGGUUGAGAAAUAGACGGAGGGCAAUCGCUGGCUGGAGUCGAUAUACAACCAGAUACGAGGCGAUUGCGUGCUACGAAACUAUUCCUGGUCGGCCCCACACACAAAACGGAAACUGCAUUCGCUCUGCGAUCGACUUGCGCCCUGGGCUGCGCUUGAGGCUACUCUCACUUCACAACACACGUCUUCUCUACACCAGAGAAGUUAAGGAGCAUCAAUCCAAGCUCUCUCAAGAGCAACUCAGCGAACUGCAACGAUCCACACAUUUCGACAAGAAGGAGUUGCAACAAUGGUAUAAGGGCUUUUUGAAGGAUUGCCCGUCCGGCAUGCUCACAAAGGAGGAAUUCCAAAAGAUCUACCGCCAGUUUUUUCCCUUCGGAGAUCCGUCUUCAUUCGCAGACUACGUAUUUAAUGUGUUCGACAGCGAUAGAUCAGGCUCCAUCGACUUCAAGGAGUUUAUCUGUGCGCUGAGCGUCACUAGCCGAGGUAAGAUGGAGGACAAGCUUGACUGGGCGUUCCAACUGUACGAUAUCGAUGGAGAUGGAAAGAUCAGCUAUGAUGAAAUGCUGGCAAUCGUUGAGGCGAUAUACAAGAUGGUACGUUUUUUUUUGUUUUUUUUUUCAAUUUUAAGCCAUUCUAGACCCGAAGUCAUUUGGCUGGCUCGCUCGCUCUCCCUGACGAUGUCUUUUAACCGGACUGUUUUGAUUACAUGCUUAUUCGAGUUCCAGGUCGGAUCCAUGGUGAAGCUCCCCGCCGACGAAGAUACCCCCGAAAAGCGCGUCAAGAAGAUCUUCCGUAUGAUGGACAAGGACGAGAACGGCAGUCUGGACAUGGAAGAGUUCAAGGAGGGCAGCAAGCGCGACGAGACGAUUGUAUCCGCGCUGUCACUCUACGACGGGCUCGUUUGA